AUGCUGUUGCGAGCUGCAGCUGGGCUCUUCGCCUCGGCGGCGCUGGGCUUGUGCGCCUCCUUGGAGGUCGUCAAAGAUUUCGGCGAUAACCCUACCGACAUUCAGAUGUACAUCUACGUCCCCGACAAGGUGGCCGACAAACCGGCCAUCGUUGUAGCGCUGCACCCCUGCGGCGGCACAGCACCGUCCUGGUACAAAUCCACGAAGCUACCGUCAUACGCCGACUCUCACGGCUUCAUCCUCAUCUACCCGGGCACGCCACACAUGAGCAACUGCUGGGACGUGCAGAGCGCCGCCAGCCUGACGCACGGCGGGGGCGGCGACGCGGGCGGCAUCGUCAGCAUGGUCCAGCACGCGCUAGCCGCGCACUCGGGCGACGCGGGCCGCGUCUACGCCAUGGGCGGCUCGUCGGGCGCCAUGAUGACCAACGUGCUGGCGGGGUCGUACCCGGACGUCUUCGAGGCCGGCGCCGCCUUCUCGGGGGUGGCGUUCGCGUGCGCCGCCGGCGCGCCAACCUUCACGCCGUCCGCGGCAAACCAGACCUGCGCCCAGGGCCUGCAGCACACGCCCGAGGAGUGGGGGGCCUUUGUCGAGAACGCGUUUCCGGGUUACGAGGGGAGGCGCACGCGCAUGCAGAUCUUCCAUGGCCUCGCCGAUACGCUUGUCCAGCCGCAGUGCGCGUACGAGGCGCUCAAGCAGUGGUCGUACGUCCUGGAUGUGCCGUUGGAGAAGAACGUGACUGGCGUCCCGUCGGCGGCGUAUACUCAGAUGAUCUACGGGGAUGGUACCAAGCUGCAGGGUUACUUUGGCGAGGGAGUCGGGCAUAUUGCUCCCGUGAACGAGGAGCUGUUGCUUACGUUCUUUGGCAUUCUGUCGGGGACUUAG